AUGGUCUUGGUGCAAUGGUUAAAUUUGCACAAUGAGAAUGCGGAAUCCAAAAAGGUUCUUGUCCGACGCUCAUUAUCUGUUCGUGAGUUGAACGGUGCGAUGAUCGAUUUCACCAAUCAGGAUUCAGUGACGAGAUGGACUUCACAAAUCCUUGCUGAAAUCGACUCGUUGCCGUCUAGUCGCUUCGAUUUGACUGGGCAACCACCUGAUACCACUAACAGUGGACCUGAACCGAAUAAUUCCACUUGCUCAAUAAGUAAUUUAAAAGGAGUAGAUAGUACUACUGCUGUUGCUUGUAAUUCGGUGGCCAGUAAGAAGCCGCCGCUGUCACCCCAUCCAGUUUGCCAGUCCGGCAGUACAACAACGGAUAUUUCGAUUGAAAUGGGGAGCGUAACUUCGACACCAUCACCAACUGAUGAGCAAAGGCUGUCAGCCGUUGCACCGUCCCACCAGAAAUCUCAGGAAAACAGCAAAAAUACUUGUGCUUGGGCUGGUAUCUUGGAUCCGGAAGAUGGCCUGCUUUAUGGACCAGCAGCACGAAAAGCUCAACGACGUACGCUGCGAUCAAAAUUAAACUCCACUGCCAAUAACAAUAACCAGUUCGAAAGAAAAGCGGGAUCACAGGCCAGGUUAAAUUUGCACAAUGAAAAUGCGGAAUCCAAAAAGGUUCUUGUCCGACGCUCAUUAUCUGUUCGUGAGUUGAACGGUGCGAUGAUCGAUUUCACCAAUCAGGAUUCAGUGACGAGAUGGACUUCACAAAUCCUUGCUGAAAUCGACUCGUUGCCGUCUAGUCGCUUCGAUUUGACUGGGCAACCACCUGAUACCACUAACAGUGGACCUGAACCGAAUAAUUCCACUUGCUCAAUAAGUAAUUUAAAAGGAGUAGAUAGUACUACUGCUAUUGCUUGUAAUUCGGUGACCAGUAAGAAAACCUCACAGAAGCCGCCACUGUCGUCUCCUCCAGUUUGCCAGUCCGGCAGUACAACAACCGAUAUUUCGAUUGAAAUGGGAAGCGUAACUUCGACACCAUCACCAACUGAUGAGCAAAGGCUGCCAGCCGUUGCAUCGUCCCACCAGAAAUCUCAGGAAGAUAUUGGUCGUUCACUCGCAGUGGCAGAGGUUACAGCCAAUAUCACGCUAAUGGCACGACCAUCCGAACGGCGUAAACAGUCGGUUCAUGCGGUCGUUGUUAAUGCGCGAAAAUCAACACAAUCCGAAAAUUCCAACAAUGCCACAAGUUGCGAUCCGAGAAAUUGCUUUACAACAGCAGGAACAAAAGGUGCCAUACGGUCUACCUCGGGCACCGAGUCUUCGCGCCUGUGGCGUUUUCUGACACGCAAAAAACGCACACCGUUGAAAAAAUCUCCAAAUUUUUCAAGAAAUUUGCAACAAAGUGAGAAGCCGGCGAUCGAUUUUACAAGUGUUCAGAAACGAGCGACAGAAGCGGGAAAAAUCGCUUCUGGCCAACCGAGCAACUCCAGCAAACCUUCAUCCAGGGCUUACACAUCAUUCGCCAUUGAUCGGAAACUAGAAGUACCUCAUCUGUUGAUUUCUGCUCAUGAAAUACUAUCCGGCGACAAAGAUAAAAGACGGCAUACGGAUAACGGCAUUAUUACAGGAGAUUAUAAGGCGCGAAGUGGUACCUACAUUUGCUCACCUAUGAAAGCUAUCGCUGUUGUGAAGAAUCGCGAUAUCACGAGUUCUGAGCAUGUGGUGGGAUCAAGACGUAUGCGAAACGUUAACGAUGCACCUUCUCCGCUCACUGUCUGGAAAAGAAGGACAUAUCAUUUUCUUAUUUCUUCAAUAAACGGCCAAAAAUGGCUUUUCGCAGUAAAUACACGAAUUGAUGGUCAGCUUCAAGAUGGAUGCUCGAUUUUCAUCUCCAUCAACAAACCAGAUUUAUUGGGUGUUUAA